AUGGAGUAUCCUCGCGGAAAACUACGCACCGUGCUCAGCUUGAUCUACCUUCUGCUCCUGCUCAGCGUCUUCUGCACGUCCGCAUACAUAAAAUACAACUACUACUUUCAGUUUAAUCUGCCGAAUCUUGAGCAGGUCUUGUACCAAAUCUUCACUUUUUUAAAUAUUUUCGUCACUGCGUGCAAGAUGAUUCUUGGUUAUUUUUACACCAAAACAGUGAACGAGUGCUACCGAAAACUUGCUCAAAUCGACGAGACGUUGCAACAACUUGGAUCUAUGUUCAACUACGCCGAAAUAUACCUUUUGUCAAUCGGAGCUGUAAUCAUCUGGUUUUUAUAUGUCUUCUGCUCAGCUAUCGUAAUAAUAAUGGAUGGAAGGGAGUCCGAAGCAGAUUUGGCAAUUACGAUUUUAAUACUUAUAUGGGAGAUAUAUGGAUCGGCCGUCAGUCUCGUCAUCGCCUUCGAAUUUUCGAUAUUUAUGAGAUAUCUGCAAACGAGAUUCAAAUUAGCUAAUGAUCUCCUUAGAGAAAGCGUGGCAGUGUCGACGACAGAAGGAAAAAAACUGGAUGUUCCCGCUACGGAGGAUUAUAAUGAAAUCAUGGAUAGCAAACAAGGCCCGAACAUUAUUUCUAUAAAGGUGUCAUCUCAGUUGGGACCAAACCAGAAACCAAUUCAGAGAUUCACAUUCAGUCCGAAGAUCAAUUAUGAUCACAAAAUGUCGGAGAAGCAUACACUUAUUGCAAACGAUCAGUUGAAGCAGUGGCAAGUUGUUAUAAAUGGCGGACUGACAUUUGUAAUGUUUGCUGAAACCAUAUUAGGAAGCGCUUACAUGCUGGAGAUCAUUCUCAUAAAACUCGCUUGCAAGCACGCGACCAACGAGGGAAAGAAAACCAGCGCGAUCAUUCACGAGAUUUAUGGCUGCUGCCCUGAUAUCGAUAUACGAAACGAGGUAACGCAGAAUCCCAUAGAGUUCUCCACGUUUGACAUCUUCUUACAUUAUCAGAUCCUAAGCUCGUGUUUGAAAAGUAUGACGAUUUACAUAGUUAUCAUGAUAGAAAUGAGUAACUACCUGGGUUCGAGUUAA